UGCUUGCUAUUCUCAGACUCGAGUGUCAUCCUUUCACCGGUAUCACGGCCCCUCUUGCGGGCACAAUGACAGAGUUGCUUUCCCUAUCAGUUCUCUACAUUUGUCUUUUCCCUUGCUUCUUAAUUUCUCAUUUCCUCUGCUAUCACUUUUAAUUGUAACUUUGUGCCAGAAUUCUUUAACCCUGCAGAGCAUUUGGGGAUGCAGUUUGUAUGAAAGACAAAAAUCAUUGUAGUGUGUUGUAUCAUAUUGCUAUAUGCCAAAUUAUUUAUAGACCCACCAUAGUAUGGUAUAUAAUUAAGCCAAUACAGGUAGAAGUAAAACCAUUUCAUGGCUUAAGAAAGCUCUUCAUUCUGUGGUUAUAUGCACAGUUCCCUUUUUUUUCUGCACGGUCUCCUAAUUAAUCAUCCGUCAUCAUUUCUAACGAACCUCUCAGAGUUGCAUUUAAGCACAGAGCAGAGUUAUAAAAGAAACACGGAGAGAGCUGCCCAGAGGCCAGAUUUCAGAAACAGAGCUAAGAAUCGGAAAGGCACCCUUAGGAUUCUGCUGGGAACCUCAAGGAACAUUUUUUGGAGGAGUGAAUGGGUAUCCCUUUUACAGAUUGCCUUGUCUUCCGUGCACUGGGAAAUGAGAGUCUGGAACCUGCUCCCAGUCAGUAAACUCUUGACAGUGGACUAGACUGCAGCUGUGCUAAUAAGUUUGCUGAGCACCAGCUGCCUCCAUCCUAGUCAAUGUUCUGAAAUUACUGAAGUAAGUCCGAGAGGCUAUGGCCAUCGCGGUGAGCAUUUUUCCACUUCUCCUUUGGAGAAUGAUGGCAUUUCAGACAAACUUAUUGCAGGCUAAAGGAAUUCAGGUUCUCCCACCUGUUAACUUCACCGUCACAGUCUCUGCACUAGCAGAAGUACUUUUGCAAUGGAAACCAAACCCUGAUCAGGAAAAGAAUGACACUGUUAGAUAUGAGGUGGAUAUUAUGACUCCUGAGUUGGACCCAUUUGAUACAAAGAAAACUUGCAGUACCUGUACGGCUGUGCUUCAUAAUGGUUUUUCUGCACGUAUUCGGACAUUGCUUCUCUAUAACAACUCACAAAUGGAAAGUAACUGGGUUACAGCUAAACUUCAAGCCCCACCAGGUGCUGUUGAGACAUCAGUCACUAACUUGUCCUGUGUGAUUUACAUGGCCAUUAAUAAUACUGCAUCUCUUCAUUGCACCUGGCUUGCUGGCAAAGAGGCACCAGAAGAUACAAAAUACUUUCUAUUUUACAGGUAUAAUAGCUACACUGAAGAAUGCCAAGAAUAUAGUAAAGACAAAUGGAAGAGAAAUAUUGGUUGCCGAUUUUCAAACACUUACAUAAAGACAAGUGAAAUUGACGAAGUCGUCGUACACAUUAAUGGGUCAAGCAAGUACACUGCAAUCAAACCUUUUGAACAGUUAUUUAAUCCAAAUGCCAUUGAGAAAGUGAAUCCUCCCAGAAAUGUCACCGUGUCUUUAAAACAAAACAACCUUCUGGUCACGUGGGAAAUGCCAACUUCUUCUUUCAUAAAGGAAUGUUUUGAAUAUGAACUUAACAUCUACAACUGGAAGACGGGUUACAACAAGACAUGGGAAACGAAGUUAAAUAGUUUCAGUUUAAGGAUUGAUGACGCCUGCAGAUAUUCCAUACAGAUAAGAGCUAAUCAUCAAUCAUGGUGUAGUGAAGGAUUUUGGAGUGAGUGGACUGACUCUCUUUAUAUUGGAGAAAACCAGCCAAGGACUCCAUUAGACUCCAAGGCCUACACGGUUCUCAUUGCACUUAUAGUAUUCGUAUGUUCCAUGGCAUUGCUUAUUGCUAUAAUAUGCAGAAAGUAUCACUUAUGGAGCAGACUAUUUCCACCAAUUCCAACACCCCAAAACAGUAUAAAAAAUCUGUUUUUAAAUAAGAGCUAUCAGAGAGCACGUACCUUUACCAGUGAAACGGAAACAGAAAUUGGAAGUUGCUUUGAAGAUCUUGGAAGUUAUGUUGAAGACCUUUCUUCGGAUGUCCUUGAAGAUUCUUGUAAUUCUUGUAAUCUGUAAUCCAUUCAUGAUCUUGAAAUUAACGGGAGUGUUACUGCCAGUGACAACAGCUUAGAUUGGAUGAACCUUCAGAUCAUACCAUCAUCAGUGCUUCAAAGACAGAAAAAUGUGUUGCUUCCAAGAGGUGAAGUUGCUUAAUUACAAGCUAACACAUACAAAUGUCACUUUUUAAGAAAAAAGUGAGUACAUUCUAUGACACUCUGUACCUCGGGGGGACACCCUACACCCCCAUGUUCAUCUUUAUAAAAUGAUUGUGUGGUAUCCAAUGCAAAGUUUGUCAUGUUGGGGUGUCUUCGGAAGGCUCAUGAUGCACUGAGCAUGGUUGUUAUAGUGAUGUUACAGUAAUGUUAUAGGUUAUAAUUUCAUGUAUAUAAUUACGAGGCUGAAAAUGUAUCCUCAUGGCUUAAAGCAAGCCCAGGCAAAAACUCUCCAAGAACAGAGAGGCAGUUCACACCUCAUCAGGGCAUGGAUGGGACAAACCCAGCCCAGCCUCACAGGAACAAUGGACAUUGGCUUAGGCAGCAACAAAAGAAUCUGUUAGACCCUUGAGGGAGUCACCCCUUCCUUUGGGCAGCUUGGGACUGCAAUGUGGUAAUGCUCACCUGACUCUGAAGGGGGGGGGGGGCAAAGCCAAGAGGAAAGAAAGGACAUGAUAAAAGGGAGAGACAUUUUGCCAUGCUCUCUCUCUCUUCCACCUACACUUACAGACACCACCACCACCAAGCGACUGAAGCGCUGAUCAAGGGGAGAGCCUGACUGAAAAGCCAGCCUGUGGUGAGAAGCAUCUAAGUUUUUAAGGACAUUGAAAGUGUUAAGAUCAGCUUAGAAUGUGUUUUGCUUUUAUUUCAUUUGACCAAAUCUGACUUGUUUUGCUUUGACUUAUAAUCACUUAAAUCUACCUUUAUAGUUAAUAAAUCUGUUUGUUUGUUCUA